AUGAGGGCUCCUGAUCAGCUCCGUCAACCAGUAUCUGCCGAUGUACCCAAUCGGCAACCUCCGGUACUCGCAAUAUCGGGUCUUGAUGGUCCGACCAUCGAGUCAUAUCCCACGACUGAGCUUGGUGAAACUUGGGAACUUCCAUAUCCCAAUGACAACACUUGCCCAAUAUGUUUGGCUGAGUACCAGGCCAAGGAAACAUUGAGGGCUAUGCCAGAAUGCAACCAUUAUUUUCAUGCUAGUUGUAUAGACGAAUGGCUGAAAAUGAAUGCAACGUGCCCACUUUGUCGAAAUCCACCAGAGGCUAGCAAAAUAAUAAAUCCUGUGAUUGAGACAUGA